CAGCAAGCAACAACUCAAACAAACCAGCAGAACAAGAAGAUAUCUUCAACCAUGCAGCCCUUCACCUCAUGCAUAUCACUUCUCUUCUUAGUUCUAAGUCUAACCUCAGGCCACUUCAUAUCUUCCCUCUCAGAAAAAUGUAAUCCAGAUGACAAAAGAGCCCUCCUCCAAAUUAAGAAAGAAUUUGGCAACCCAACUAAACUCUCUUCAUGGGAUCCAUCCAUCGACUGCUGCAACCGCACUUGGUGGGAAGGUGUCUCAUGCGACACCGACACACUAACCUACCGCGUCAACUACCUCGAUCUCUCCGACCUCGACCUACCUCAACCUGUCUCUUUUCCACCCUCCAUCACCAACCUCCCUUUCCUCUCCUUCCUCUAUAUCUCCCGCAUCCCCAAUCUCGUCGGUCCUAUCCCACCAUCAAUCUCCAACCUCUCCAAACUUCAAUACCUCUAUAUCACCCAGUGCAAUAUUUCCGGUGAGAUACCCAACACCUUCUCACAGAUCAAAACCCUCAUAACGAUCGACUUCUCCUACAACAAUCUCUCAGGUCCUCUCCCUGACAUCCUCCCGUCUCUCCCUAACUUCGUUGGAAUAGCAUUCGACGGGAACAAACUCACCGGACCAAUACCGGAAUCAUAUGGAUCGUUUACAAAGUCUUUUACAGUGUUGACUAUGUCGCAAAACCGUCUCUCUGGGAAUAUUCCAGCUUCUCUGGGGAAACUGAACCUUGCGUAUGUGGACUUGUCACGGAACUCGUUGGAAGGUGAUGCUUCCAUGUUGUUUGGGUCGGAGAAAGAGAUUCAGGCUAAGAUAUUGCUUGGUUGGAACAAGUUGGCUUUUGAUAUUGGGAAAGUUGGGUUGUCGAAAAAUUUGCAGGCGUUGGAUCUAAGGAACAAUAAAAUCUACGGUAGGCUGCCGGAGGAGCUGACGAAGCUUCAGCGGUUGCAUAAGUUGAAUGUGAGCUAUAAUAAUUUGUGUGGUCCUAUUCCAUACAACAGGUUUGAUGAGUAUUGUUAUGCUCAUAAUAAGUGCUUGUGUGGUCCACCUCUUCCCGCUUGCAAGAAUUGAAUCAAUCCAGCAAAAAUGUUAUGUGCUCUUCAUGUUUUUCUUAUGCUAUUUUUUUAAAGGCCAAAAGAAAUAUUUAAAUAUCAGUCUGAAGUUUAAGUCAUAA